AUGUCUCCCGCACCCGUGAGCCGUAAACUGGAAGGAUACGAAUUUUUUCGGCAGACAUUACGCUCGCCUCGUCAUGUCAUGGCGCCCAUGGUGGAUCAGUCCGAACAAGCAUGGCGAAUCCUCGGUCGUCGUUACGGCACUCACGUUUGUUAUACACCCAUGUUUCACGCCAAGCUCUUUAGCGAUCCUGCACAAGGUCAUAAAUACCGUGCCGAGCAAUGGUCCACGGACGAAAAUGACCGUCCUCUCGUUGUGCAGUUCUGUGCCAAUGAUCCCGAAAUCUUACUACGAGCGGCUAAAUUGGUGGAAAACGAUUGCGAUGCGGUAGAUUUGAAUUUGGGAUGUCCUCAGCACAUCGCUAAACGAGGUCAUUAUGGAUCGUAUCUUCAGGACGAGUGGGAAUUGAUCCGCAAAAUGGUGUCGUUGCUUCAUGCCGAACUCGCUGUGCCUGUGACGGUUAAGAUUCGCGUCUUUGAAUCAGUGGAAAAGACAGUGGAAUAUGCAAAGAUGAUCGAAGCUGCGGGCGCUCAAAUGUUGACGGUGCACGGACGUUUACGAGAACAAAAGGGUCAUAAUACCGGAUUAGCGGACUGGGACAAAAUCAAGGCCGUCAAGGAAGCCGUUUCCAUCCCGGUACUGGCCAACGGCAAUAUUCUCUACUACGAAGAUGUGCAACGAUGUAUGGAUUACACCGGCGUAGACGGUGUGAUGAGUGCGGAAGGAAGUUUAUACAAUCCGGCCAUUUUCGCUCAGCGCGAUAUGCCGCCUUGCACCUGGGAAAUGGCUCAAGAGUAUCUGGAAAUUUGCCGUGAUCUCUGCCCUACUCGCUCCGGCAUUAUAAAAGCCCAUCUCUUCAAAUUAUUCCACUGCAGUCUUCCCCAUCACACCGAUUUACGAGCUCGACUGGGUAAAGCUACCACAUUUGACGAAUUAUGGGGUAUCACCAUGGAUUUGAAAGAACGUUUGGAGCAAGAUCGCGAACGGAUCGGAGAACAAGAACUGAAUGGUCAAGCCGAUGAAGCCGGUAUCCGCAAAUACGGUCAUUGGCGAUGCCAGCCCUACUUCCGUCCCAAAUUACCUCCACCCACCGAAAAAUCAAAGAAAGAAAAGAAGGCCGAAGCAAUGAAACGCAAACAAGAGGAAGUGAGCGAAACUGCUACCAGUGAAGCGCCCGCCGAUGCUGUUAUCGAGCCUGCGGCAAAAAAGUUAAAGGAGGAACAGGCUUGCGAAAGUAAUGCCACUGCAGCUGCUGUUACGGAGCCAGCUGCUGAAAGCGUCAGUGAGACUAUCAGUACGGAACAAGCCACGAACUAG